AUGGAAAGCACACCACCAGCAGGAGAGCUACUAAGAAAGAUCCAAGAACUUGAGGCAGGACACCAUCAUCUUCAACGAGAAAUGUCAAAGCUCAAGCUUACCUCUACUACUACCGAUCCAAAACCAACCCAACAAAGGUCCCAUUCUAUAUCUCCCCAAAGGACAGGUCCUAGGAGACGGGUUGCUGGGGGGCCAACCGGGUCGGGUUUUGAGACUGCCUGGAAGAAGGGUUCUGCUUCAUUUAGACAUUCAUCGCCUUUACAGAGAGAAAGUAGAAGUUUGAAUAGUAAUAAUGAUAGAGAUGGUAAUACUUAUGGUGGCAGAGAAGGAGGAGAUGGUAAUAGAGGACCUUCUGCUGUGAAGUUUACUGAUAAACAAUAUUUGAAUAUAUUGCAGUCUAUGGGACAGUCGGUUCAUAUUUUUGAUCAUUCAGGUCGUAUUAUUUACUGGAACCGAACAGCAGAGAACCUUUAUGGUUAUUCAGCAGCAGAAGCUCUUGGUCAGGAGGAUAUUGAGCUGCUAAUUGAUCCUCGGGAUUAUGCAGUGGCAAAUGGUAUUAUCCAACGGGUUAGCAUGGGGGAGAAAUGGACAGGGAAGUUUCCAGUUAAGAAUAAAAUGGGCGAGAGGUUUACAGUUGUUGCUACCAAUACUCCUUUAUAUGAUGAUGAUGGUGCUUUGGUUGGGAUUAUUUGUGUAUCGAGUGAUUCACGCCCUUUUCAAGAAAUGGGAGUUGCAUCUUCGGAUCCGAGGAAUUUAGAAGCAGAGUCAAGCUGUAGUCGAUCCAGGAAUAUCGUCAUGAACAAACUUGGUCUUGAUUCUCAACAGCCCUUGCAAGCAGCAGUUGCGUCAAAAAUAUCAAAUUUGGCAUCCAAGAUGAGCAACAAAGUCAAGUCCAAAAUUCGGACGGGAGAGAACAACAUGGAUCGUGAAGGAGGGAGUGGGGAUAGUCACUAUUCUGACCAUGGGUACUCGGAUGCACCUCUAUCUGACCACCGGGAGGAUGCAAAUUCUAGUGGAGCUAGCACGCCAAGAGGAGAUGUAUAUCAGUCUCCUUUUGGUGUAUUUUCUCAUAUUGACGACAAGUCUCCAGUAAAACCAUCCACAGACUCUGGUGAUGAGAGCGAAGGAAGGCCUUCAAUUCACAAGAUCAUUACCUCAAAGGCAGAAGCAUGGAUUGGUAAGAAAGGGUUGUCAUGGCCCUGGAAGGGGAAUGAAAGGGAAGGCUUAGAAGCAAGGACAACACGUUUUGGGUGUUCUUGGUUGCAAAAUGAUCAAGAGAGUGAAACAUUUCAUCAGAGAAGUCCCUCUUCUGGUGCAAAAUCUGAAAGCCAGGUCAGUGAAAGUAAUCGACCUGCCCAUAACGAGGCUUCUGGGUCCUGGUCUUCAAUUAAUGUUAACAGCACAAGCAGUGCCAGUAGUUGUGGAAGUACCAGCAGUACUGUGAAUAAGGUGGACGUGGAUACUGAUUGCUUGGAUUAUGAAAUAUUGUGGGAAGACUUGACGAUUGGAGAGCAAAUUGGGCAAGGUUCUUGUGGAACUGUAUAUCAUGCCCUGUGGUACGGAUCAGAUGUUGCUGUCAAGGUAUUCUCCAAGCAAGAAUAUUCAGAUGAUGUUAUACUUGCAUUUAGACAAGAGGUAUUGCUUAUGAAGAGACUUCGGCAUCCACAUGUUUUGCUCUUCAUGGGUGCUGUGACUUCACCUCAGCGUCUCUGCAUUGUUACAGAGUUCCUCCCACGUGGAAGUUUAUUUCGCUUACUGCAGAGGAACACAACCAAACUAGAUUGGAGACGACGUGUUCAUAUGGCAUUGGAUAUAGCUCGAGGUAUGAUCUAUCUUCAUCAUUUCAACCCGCCUAUCAUUCAUCGUGAUCUGAAGUCUUCAAAUCUCUUAGUAGACAAGAACUGGAACGUAAAGGUUGGAGAUUUUGGUCUAUCACGUCUAAAGCAUGAAACUUAUUUGACAACAAAGACCGGCAAGGGAACGCCUCAAUGGAUGGCACCCGAAGUUCUCCGAAAUGAACCCUCGGAUGAGAAGUCUGAUGUAUACAGCUAUGGAGUGAUACUUUGGGAGCUUGCCACUGAGAAGAUCCCUUGGGAUAAUCUCAACUCAAUGCAGGUGGUUGGAGCUGUAGGGUUCAUGAACCAGCGGCUUGAGAUCCCGAAAGAUGUGGAUCCACAGUGGGCUUCUAUAAUUGAGAGUUGCUGGCACAGUGAUCCACAGUGCCGUCCAACAUUCCAGGAAUUGCUGGAAAAGCUCAAAGAUCUCCAAAGACAAUAUGCCAUUCAGUUCCAGGCAGCCCCAAUGACCUUGCUUUUCCAAAAGGCUCGUGUCUAUCCAAGUGCUGCUGAAGAGAAUGGUUACUGGGAUAGCCCUUGGAUUGGCACUAAAGCUUGGGGUAUUGGCUUGGAAAAGCUCACGCCAGAUGGAAAAAGAAAAAGAGAAGAAAAUGAUAAAAGAGUAGUUGGCAUCCAUGCGAGCUGCCUAAUUUUUGAUAGUGAUUUGUCGGGGUUGGUUGAUUGGUUGUGGAUAUUUGUUUAUUUACUAACAUCAUUAAAGUCUUAG